AAAAAAUGAUAAAACAAAGAUAAAAGAACCCCUUUCGAAUAAGGUCACUAUAGAUGUUUAUUUAAAAAAUUGUUGAAUUUUAUAUUUCCAGUUUCAGGAAGAAAUUCAAAACAAUCCUCCGCUUAUCUUCGCUGGACCAAUAGUAAAAUCAUGCAACAAUAAAAAAGAGAGAAAAAAAACAAGAAGAACAAUGACUUCACUUGUCUAAUUUACAAGUUCAAGGCAUUAAGUGCUGAGUUAUGCAGUGUCUCAAUAUACUUUCCUUUUUUUUCUCCUUUUGGUGAACGCCGUAAUCUCCGGUAUAUCGAGUUUUAUUGAAAGUCUGAUUAUUCUAAUUUGAAAAGUACCUACUGAUGUAAUAUUGCACGUCGUUUAUGUUUUUUUCGAUAAGCAUAUGUUUACACAAAUGGCUGUAAAAAAAGUGGAGAAAGAGGAGAGAAAAAGGAACAGUGAAUAAGAGGAAUAAAAAAAAACGUGCAGAGUGAUGAAAAGUAAUCUUUUAGACUCUUUCGCAUUGAGCAUGAAGUAAAGGACCCCACAUAAUAUGACCAGUCAGACGGGAACUGUCGCGUCCGAGUGAACUCCACGAUUCUCCGUUAUAUUAAGUGCCGAAGAAAAUAUCGCAACUCUUUUUUUCUUCUCUUUGCUUUUUAUCACACAGACAUAUAUGUGCGAGGGAAUCAAGAGGAUUCCAAUCAAGCAAUUUCACUGAAAAUUAAAAUUAUUAAGGAAAUAUUGGAUUUCAAAAAAGCUAAUACGAUAAUUUCUCCAAGUCUGCAUGUGGUUUAAAGGAAAAAGCUGUCAAACUUUAUUCCAAUGUUUGGGAAAAUAUUUUAAACAAAAUUAUUUUUAUUGCAGAGAAAAAGAGAUUUUAAUAAAAAAUGGCCCUGCCACCGAGUUGGAAAAGACGAUUCUCCAAACAUGGAUUGACAUUAUUUACAGUUAUUGGAGUAUUUUUUGGCGUGGCACUUGGCUUGAUACUCCGUAAAAGUGGCAAGGAAGGAUGGUCACCUCGUGAGAUAAUGUACGUCGAAUUUCCCGGUCAUAUGUUUCUUCGAAUGUUGAAAGGCCUUAUUCUUCCUCUCAUCGUCUCAAGUAUAAUCAGUGCCAUUGGUAAUCUCGAUCUCAGUUUAUCCGGAAAAAUUGGUAAGCGAUCAAUUUAUUAUUACAGUGCGACAACUAUAACUGCAGUAAUUUUGGGAAUUAUUUUGGUUUUGACAAUAAGGCCGGGCGAUUUUAAACACACAAAAUGCGUUCGUACCAAUGGGGAAUUGUUGAACAGUUCUUUAACAAUUGAUGAAGAAUGUAAAUUUUUCAAAUCGAAGAAAUUAGAUGUUUCACACAAUGUCACUACUGUCGAUACAAUUCUCGAUUUAAUAAGAAACAUAUUUCCAACGAAUUUGGUAGAAGCCUGCAUUCAACAAGAUAGAACCGAAUUGAAGUAUCCAAGUGACAAAAAUGUUUCCUCAAUAUACGAUUGGGACAUUUCGACUGGAGUUUCAACCAAUACAAAUACUUUGGGUCUUGUUAUUUUUAGCAUUAUUUUUGGAAUAACCGUCGCUAAAAUGGGUGAGCCGGGAAAACCGUUAUUGCAUUUUUUUAACGCUCUAUCCGAAGCUAUGAUGGUCAUCACAAAUUGGGUCAUUUGGCUUUCUCCCGUAGGAGUAAUGUUCCUGGUGACAGCAAAACUGAUAGAAAUUGAUGACAUUAGUCAAAUUGUCGGUCAAUUGGGUCUUUAUUUUUUAACAGUUUUAUUAGGAUUAACUAUUCACGGUUUUGGUACAUUGUCAGUUAUAUUUUUCGUUUGUACCCGUGAAUUGCCAUUUAAAUAUUUGCGAAAAAUGGGACAGGUCAUUGUCACUGCGUUUGGAACGGCAUCGAGUUCAGCAACGUUACCAAUAACUCUUCAAUGUUUGGACAAAAUGGGAGCUGAGCCGAGAAUAACGAAAUUUGUGGUUCCAAUAGGUGCGACAAUUAAUAUGGAUGGCACUGCUCUUUAUGAGGCAGUUGCCGCAAUUUUUAUCGCACAAGUUCGUGAAAGAAGUCUUUCAUUUGGCAAUGUUAUUGCCAUUAGUAUAACAGCCACAGCCGCUAGUAUAGGAGCUGCAGGAAUUCCUCAAGCCGGUCUUGUCACAAUGGUCAUGGUCCUGGACACUGUUGGAUUACCAGCUGAUGACGUGACCCUAAUUCUCGCCGUCGAUUGGCUGCUGGACCGCUUCCGAACUACCAUUAAUGUCGUGUGCGAUGCCUUGGGAGCUCUCAUCAUCGAGAAAAUGAGCAAACAAGAUCUCAAAGAAAUGGUCGAUAAUGAAGAAGAUAAUAUAGAAUUACCUCACAUUAAAAAUUCCGAGAGUAUUUAACAACUUUUAAAUCAAGAAAAGUUGAAAAAAACUUCAAUUUUUGUAAAUUUGUCCAACACUUUUAAAACAAGUUG